AUGCAUAAUCCAGGGGGUGAAGGUGUUGAAGGUGUUGAAAGUGAAAGGAGACCAUGUUUAAAAUAUCUAAUAAGUCUUUUACUUUUAUUGAUGCUUAUGUUAAUACUGAGAAAACAGAACGAUGAAGAAGAUGAAAUAAAUAAUAAGAAUAAAAUGAAUUUAAGAAAAAACGAAAAUUAUAGAAAUUAUACAUUUGGAUAUAUGAGAGAAAUUAGUUAUUUUAAAUAUUCCUCUGUAAUAUAUAUAACACCAAACAGGAGAAUAUUACCCAGUAUAACAUAUACAGAUAAGUAUACAAUAUAUGUAUAUGGAUAUGACAAUAUAUUAAAUAAUUUUAAAAACAUAUCUUUAAAUAUAGAUCAAGAAAAGGAUGACAUAUAUAUAUCAUCAUCUUCAUCAUUAUAUGAUAAUAUUGAUGAUGACAAUAAUUCUUAUAAUAUUUAUAUGGAUGAUACUUUCCAUAAUGAUUUAUGUAAUAACUCAGAUGAUUCUAAUAAAGAAUGUGCAAUUAUUAAUACUAUACUUGUAGAUAGAUAUUUAUUUAAGAAUAUGAAAUUAUCUAAUUGUAAUGAAGAAAUCGAUAGUUUAUGUUUUUUAGUUUUUGUACAAUUAAAUAAAAACAAAUGUUAUAAUUUUGAUAAUUUAUCUUAUACAUGUCAUAUAAAUAAUAGUAUUAAAAAUAACAAUUUAUUUCUUCCUAAUAAUUAUUGUUAUGUACUUUUGGCUAGUUCGAAUAUAAACAAAAUAUAUGAAUUUAUAAAACUCCAAUUAUUAAACAAAGAACAAAUAAAUGAAAAUACAAAAAAUCAACAUGUACAAAUUGUAACACAUUUUUGUGGUAAUAUGCUCAAUCAGAUAGCUAUGAUAGAUUAUGUUAAUUCGAGAAUAUUAUUUAUACAACGUUAUAUAGCACACACACAUAAUAAUAAUAAUAUUAAAAGUGAUAACAAAAGUGAUAACAAAAGUGAUAAUAAAAGUGAUAAUAAUACAAAUAAUCUUAAUACAAAUCAACAUAAUAAUAACAUACAAGGAAAAUCUAUUGAAUUAAAUUUAAAUGAAAAAAAUAAAAAUCAUAUAUAUGAUACAUUUAAUAAUGAUAUAAAGAGUACAUAUGAAACUAACUUAAAUUUUAAACUAACAUAUUAUUUAUCCAUAAUAAAUAUGAAUACACAAUAUAAAGAUAAUAUUGAAUAUGUAGAUUAUAUAAAAAAUAAAUCAACCCUAAAUCUAUUCCCACCUAUAUAUAUAGGAUAUGACGAAACAUCAAACUUUUAUUAUAUUAUACAAUACGAGAAUAAAGAUUUUCUUACCAUUAUAUUUAUAUCUCCUAUAACACUUACGACAUAUUACACGCUAAAAAUAACUGACUUUUAUUCAGGAUGGUUAUUAAUACCCAAGUAUGAUUAUGAAAACAAAGGCUUAAUACUGCUAGGUGAAUAUCCUCCCUAUGAAGAUGAACUACACGUUUGGGAUAUAGCCAACAUAGAACAUAGUAAAUAUUUUGUAAAUGUUAUUAAAGCUUAUUCAAAUAUUUGA